AUGCCAACCCAUGCAUCGGUUACGCCUGACAGCGCCCAAGUCCAGUCUGAGAUAGAUCAGGCCAAUGUCGCCUGUCCUCUUCCAUUGACACCACCUCCCGAGCACUAUGACGACCAGCGGUAUGAUCGAGCCAUCGUUCAACAGGAUCGCAACAAUACAAAUGGCGAGUUUCGUAGCAGCUUGAGCAACAACACGGCCGCCGCUAUGUCAGAGAUGCAAGAGGCAAGCAUGUACACGCCGGGUCCGGACUUUGAAGAGAAGCUACAUCCCGAAGUCCCCGAGCAACAGACGGACUUGGAUGGGGUCAGUAAUCAAGAGGCCUCAGCUGCGGCUUCGAAUCAUAAGUUGGGCGGAGAGUCGCAAUCUGCACAAUACGAAGCCGAGGACUCUCUGCCGUCCAACUCGGAUCAAGUUUCAUCUAUACGUCAUACAUCGCCAGAUAUGGACGUGGUAGAGACAAAAUCCGAAGCGGACAAGGCGAUAGACAUAUCUCUGGGAACUGGCCAUUUGCCUGCCUCGGAUUCGUCCGACAAGAACAACAGGACCGGGGUUUUCGCCAAAAUUAGGCCAGCAGGAGUGCCACCGAUCGACCAAGAACUAGAUUGGACGAGCGACGCCAAACCCUGGGAUUUUUCAGGUCGGCGAUUGCGACCUCAAUACCCGUCGGCUACAUUCCAGCCAUACUCUGUGUUUAAAGGAACCCAACAAUCUGACCGGCAGAUCUACAAUGUGGAGGUGACGAUCCUCACAGUGGAUCUGGAACAAGCCAGCAUGUCUGGGUAUCUACAAAUAUGCGGUCUUACCCCGGACCAUCCUACAUUGACGACUUUCUUCACUGGCGAAAUCAUUGGAGGGCCCGAUCAAAAGUAUAGCUUUAGAACUGGCGACCCAAGUUGGGGCGCCAGUGAUAAGACUGAUUUAACGCAUUGGGCAAGAUUUGCUGCAUGGCGGCCACUCAGUCUGCACGCGAAGCGAAACAUCAAUUUUGUAUACCCCAUGAACCACGAGGAUUGGUGGCAACAAGAACAUAUCUUUAUGAGAUGGAAGGAACACUUCUUGGUUCCUGACUAUAAGCUCAAAAGCAUCCAAGGAGCGAGCUUCGAAGGCUUCUAUUAUAUCUGUUUUAAUCAAAUCGAGGGUCGCGUGAGUGGGAUAUACUUUCACUCCAAGAGCGAAAAGUGA